UCUAGGAUGAGAGUGGGGACCAGAGCCUUCUCCGUGCCAGACUUCCGGCCCAGACCACUGCGUCCAGCCAAAGGACCCAGUACGCAGACGCGGCGGGGAGGACUCGUUUGCACAAGAUAAGAAAUAGAGAUUCCUGGUCAGCCCGCUACUGCGCUGCGGGACCUGUGUCGGUAAAACCACCAGUGUGUGAGUGGGUGACCCCAGCGUUACAGUGCCGGUGGCCAAAGCCGGAGCAGCCACGCCACGCCCACAGAACUCGGUUUCCCAGAAGCUCCCGCGCCUCACUGGUGCAUGACGAAGACUCCAUUUCCCAGGGUUCCCCGGGAGGGCCUCGCCCCCUCCACCUGGACCGCGCGAGUAGCUGGAGAAUUGUGCUCCGGAAGCAGCUCUUGAACUGGUGGAACCCAGCGCAGGUGUAGCUACAAUGGGUGAGCCCCAGGGAUCCAGGAGGAUCCUAGUGACAGGGGGCUCUGGACUGGUGGGCAGAGCCAUCCAGAAGGUGGUCGCAGACGGUGCUGGCUUACCCGGAGAGGAAUGGGUGUUUGUCUCCUCCAAAGAUGCAGAUCUGACGGAUGCAGCGCAAACCCAAGCCCUGUUCCAGAAGGUACAGCCCACCCAUGUCAUCCAUCUUGCUGCAAUGGUAGGAGGCCUUUUCCGGAAUAUCAAAUACAACUUGGAUUUCUGGAGGAAGAAUGUGCACAUCAAUGACAAUGUCCUGCACUCAGCCUUCGAGGUGGGCGCUCGCAAGGUGGUCUCCUGUCUGUCCACCUGCAUCUUCCCUGACAAGACCACCUAUCCUAUUGACGAGACGAUGAUCCACAACGGCCCGCCCCACAGCAGCAAUUUUGGGUACUCGUAUGCCAAGAGGAUGAUUGACGUGCAGAACAGGGCCUACUUCCAGCAGCAUGGCUGUACCUUCACUGCUGUCAUCCCUACCAACGUCUUUGGACCUCAUGACAACUUCAACAUUGAAGAUGGCCAUGUGCUGCCUGGCCUCAUCCACAAGGUGCACCUGGCCAAGAGUAACGGUUCAGCCUUGACUGUGUGGGGCACAGGGAAACCACGGAGGCAGUUCAUCUACUCACUGGACCUAGCUCGGCUCUUCAUCUGGGUCCUGCGGGAGUACAGUGAAGUUGAGCCCAUCAUCCUCUCAGUGGGCGAGGAAGAUGAAGUGUCCAUCAAGGAGGCAGCCGAGGCCGUAGUGGAGGCCAUGGACUUCCGUGGGGAAGUCACUUUUGAUUCAACGAAGUCGGAUGGGCAGUACAAGAAGACGGCCAGCAAUGGAAAGCUGCGGGCCUACUUGCCCGAUUUCCGCUUCACACCCUUCAAGCAGGCCGUGAAGGAGACCUGUGCCUGGUUCACCAACAACUAUGAGCAGGCCCGGAAGUGAAGCAUGGGACAGGCAGGUGCUCAGCUGGCAAUGCCCAGGCAGCAGUCACCCCUCAGACCUUGCCAAGACCUGAGGGUAGUGUCCAGCGACCUGAGCCACGCGCCCGUCUCUCUGCCAGGGGGCUCCAUGCAGCCAUCCAGUAGGGCCCAUGUUUGUCCAUCCUCGGGGGAAGGCCAGACUAACACCUUGCUUGUCUGCUUCUGCCCCAACCUCAGUGCAUCCGUGCUGGCCCUGCUGGCCCUUGUCUAGAAACCAAUAAAAUGGAUUUUUGUAA